AUGCCCUCCGCUCUACGUGCUCAGGCGUCCUCGUCUUCUUCCUCUCCCUCCCCAGCUCCUUAUUCGCCCCCGACAUCUAUGUCUCCCUCCAACCCCUCCCUCUCUCCUUCAGUCCGCUCCAGCUCCACAGUCGUCCAAACAUCAGCUACCAGAAGCAGGAAGCAAGAACCCUCUUCUGUAUCAAUGACCUCGUCUGCAUCACCUCAACCAAACCCUCGUGCGUCUUCACGAACAACGACAGAGAAGGAAAAACCUCGCCUGACAGAGCAGGAGAAGAAGAAUAACCACAUCGCUUCUGAGCAGAAGCGCCGCGCUGCCAUCCGGGAAGGGUUCGACAGACUGACUGAACUGGUUCCGGGGCUCGAGGGCCAAGGCCGUAGUGAGGGCGUGGUCCUCCGCAAGACUGUGGAUUUCAUGCAGCUGAAGUUGCAGGAGCGGAGAGAACUGAUGGAGGAAAUCGAGAAGAGAGGCGGUUCUCCAGAAGACUCUUUGAGACGAUAG